AUGCGGCUUCUGCGUGUGCUUAUCCCUGCCUUCGUCGCGUCCACCCUCGUCUUGCUACUCAACAGGCGCAGGGUGGCAGAGCUCCUGACAAGCUUCUCUCGAGAGGAGCGGGAGGAGGAGGAGAUCGAUGACGAUAGAACAGCAGAGGAGGAGAAGGAGGAGGAGGAGGAGGAGGAGUGCGAGAUCAGCGACGAGCUCUCUUGCAACAAGAUCCACUUCCUCUUCGUCGAGUGGAAGAAUCUCCGCCCCUUCGAGCAGCUGCUCGAGAGAUGGCGACCAGCCGACAGGAGCAAGAGGUGGUACAAGCUGCUGAUGGAGGCGUCGCGGCAGCUGCGAGCAGAGAGGAACCUGGAGCGAGCAAGGGACCUGAUCAGCGAGGCCGAGGAGGCCUGCAAGCUCAUCGCAUCCAGCAGCAGGAGGAAGCAUGCCAUGGUCUUCGUCCAGCAGGCCAUCGGCUGGCUGCACGUGUGUGUGGACCUCUUGGACGUGGCCGAGCACAACUUCUACCUCUCCGUGCAGGGCUGGGCUGAGCUCAAGUCGAACCAUCACCCCAUGAUGCGCGACCUGCUCCUCAACCUCUCGAGGACCUGCCGAGAGAACGGGAAGCUCUCCAGCAGCAUCCAGCUGGCAUGGAGGGCGUUCGAGCUCGGGCGCAUGCUGGGGAUGGAGGUGAAGGACAAGUGCGAGGCCCUUCUCUGCCUGUCCAACGGCCUGAGGAGCGACGGGCGACUCGUGGAGGCUCUCAUGGUGCUCAACUUUGCGCUGGAGGUGGUGACGGGGGAGGAGAACUUGGAGCAGGAGGAGGGGGGGCUGGAGGCGACGCUGAUGUUCGAGCUGGAGGUGCACGGGGACGGCAGGAGGGAGCUGAAGAGCGUGGCGCUGGACGAGAUGACGGACGUGGAGUGCGUUAUCUUGUUCGAGAUGGCCAACGUCUGCUGGACGCUUGAGAUGAGCCAGUACGCUAUCAACUACGACGAUCUGUGGAUGGACUACCUCCAAGUGAAGACCUCCCCCUCCAAGUUCGUCCAGGUCAUGUCCAGACUUGCGGAGGAGAGGGAGGAUGGGGAGCAGGACCUUCAUGCUGCCAAGAUCUUGGAGGAGACCGUCCACCGCUUGUGUCAUGAGAGAAUUGAUCCAGAGGAUUUGGCCCGGAUCCUCCUCAGACUUGGAGAAGUUUACAGGCGGUUGGGAGAGCUCAACAAGGCGCUCAAGACAUUCCGCCAAGGCUUCAAACUCAUUCAGCCCUCACCAGCCUCUUUCACCUUCUCCCGCUCGUCUGCCCCCUUCCUCUCCCCGUCCAACUCAGUCCUCCGAGCCUGUUUCGCUGCCUCCAUGGGAGGGCUGAUGCUGGAAAUGUCCACUUUCGACAUGCAAGAGGUCGAGGACACGCUCAUGGAUGGACGCGAUGCUCUCAAGUCGCCCUGCCUGAACACCCGCAUGGCUAACUUCCCUGACAUGCUUGGGACAGAUCCGUUUACUCGUCUGUGGACACCAACGAGGGAGCGUUCUGGGACACAGCGCUGGCAGAAAGUCGAGCUGCAGCUUUCAGACGUCUAUCACCGCACGCUCAUAAGGAUCGGCAAGUACAAGGAGGCGGAGAGUAUCAAACGAAGGAUGGAAGAAAUACAAGAGACGUACUGCCUGCAGUUAACGCGAUGA